UCGUAUAAACCUUCUGCAACGAAAAUGGCAGAUUUGUAUGAAAUGAGAGAGAAACAAAGAGCUCGUGGCCCAGCCACCAUACUCGCCAUUGCCACUGCAACUCCUUCCAACUGCAUUUACCAAUCUGACUUCACUGAUUAUUACUUUCGAGUCACAAAGAGCGAUCACAUGACCGAACUCAAGGCCAAGUUAAAGCGUAUAUGUGAGAAGUCUAUGAUAGAGAAACGAUACAUACACCUGACUGAAAAAAUGCUGAAAGAAAACCCCAACAUAAGUACUUACGAGGAACCAUCCUUGAAUGCACGACAAGACAUACUAGUUGAGGAGGUUCCUAAACUUGGUGAGAAGGCAGCAUCUAAAGCCUUAAAGGAAUGGGGUCGACCAAGAUCAGAUAUUACUCAUCUCAUCUUUUGUUCCACCUCAGGUGUAGACAUGCCUGGUGCUGAUUACCAACUUGUGAGGCUCUUGGGGCUUAAACCAUCCACCAAAAGGUUCAUGUUAUACCAUCAAGGUUGUUUUGCUGGUGGCACUGUGCUUCGUCUCGCUAAAGACCUUGCUGAGAAUAAUGUUGGAGCACGCGUUCUCGUAGUGUGUUCUGAGAUCACAGUUGUCACUUUUCGUGGACCCUGUGAAACACACUUGGACUCGUUGGUGGGACAAGCACUCUUUGGAGAUGGAGCUUCAUCUGUGAUCGUGGGAUCUGAUCCUGACACAGCCAUUGAACGACCACUAUUUCACCUUGUCUCAACAUCGGAGACGAUUCUUCCCAAGUCUGAGGGGGCAAUUGAAGGACACCUGCGUGAGGUGGGGCUAACCUUCCAUCUUAAGGACAAUGUUCCUCAGUUGAUCGGAGAGAACAUAGAGAAAAGCCUUGAAGAAGCCUUCCACCCACUUGGGAUCAUUGACUGGAACUCGUUAUUCUGGGUUGCGCACCCUGGUGGACCUGCAAUAUUGAAACAGAUAGAAGCAACGCUUGGGUUGAACCCUGAUAAAUUGAGAGCAACCAAACAAGUUUUGAAAGAGUAUGGGAACAUGUCGAGUGCAUGUGUGCUGUUUAUACUGGAUGAGAUGAGAAGAUGGUCCUUGGAGGAAGGAAAAUCCAGCACUGGUGAAGGACUAAAGUGGGGUGUUUUAUAUGGGUUUGGCCCUGGCUUGACAAUGGAGAUCAUUGUUUUGCAUAGUGCCACCAUAGACACAAACAACUAGAAGCUAUCUUUAUCUGUGGAUAUAUAUGCAAUUAUACAUCAACUGUCAUAGAAUAAAACAAAAUCACGUAGACAUGUACAAUGCAUACAACCUACUUUAUUACUUAAGUUUUUCGUUAUUAUCUGGUAUAGGUUUGGCUACACUAGCCCUUGUGAUAUAAUAAAUAAGCUUGGUAUUUGAA